AUGAGAUUGACCCUCACCCAGCCUGUCAGCAGCCAGCUCCAGGACCAGCCUGUCAGCAGCCAGCCCCAGUACCAGCCCUUCAGCAGCCAGCCCCAGUACCAGCCCUUCAGCAGCCAGCCCCACCAGCCCCAGUACCAGCCCUUCAGCAGCCAGCCCCAGUACCAGCCCUUCAGCAGCCAGCCCCAGUACCAGCCCUUCAGCAGCCAGCCACAGGACCAGCCUUCAGCAUCCAGCCCCAGUACCAGCCCUUCAGCAGCCAGCCACAGUACCAGCCCUUCAGCAGCCAGCCCCAGUACCAGCCCUUCAGCAGCCAGCCCCAAGCCGCCAGUCAGCCAGGAGCCUCCAGAGCCGCCAGUCAUCCAGGAGCCUCCAGAGCUGUCAGCCAGCCAGGAGCUGCCAGAGCCACCAGCCUGCCUGGAGCUGCCAGAGCCGCCAGCCAGUCAGGAGCUGCCAGAGCCGUCAGUCAGCCAGGAGCUGCCAGAGCCUUCAGCCAGCCAGGCGCUGCCAGAGCCGUUAGCCAGCCAGGAGCUGCCAGAGCCGUCAGUCAGCCAGGCGAUGCAGGGAAUCGCCCUUCACUCCGGAACUGCCGGAGUCUCCCGCCUGUCCGGCGCUGCCGGAGUCUCCCAUCCGUCCGGCGCUGCCGGAAUCUCCCGUCCAUUUGGGACCCAUGGCUAG